UCCGUUUGAAAGCAUGGCGCCGGCGGGCCCGCGGCUGUUGCUGAGCGAGGAGAAGAUCUGGGAGAAGAGCGGCCUGUCGCCUCACCGCGACCUGGCUGAACUUCAGUCAUUAUCUAUUCCUGGGACUUAUCAAGAAAAGAUUACUCACCUAGGAAAUUCUUUGAUGAGUUUAACAGGUCUAAAAUCUUUAGAUCUCUCACGCAACUCCUUGGUUAGUCUGGAGGGCAUUCAGUACCUGGUUGCAUUGGAAAGCCUCAAUCUCUACUACAACUGCAUUUCCUCGCUAGCAGAAGUGUUCCGGCUCCACUGCUUGACUGAGCUCAUAGACGUGGACUUCCGACUGAACCCGGUGGUGAAGAAUGAGUCUGAUUACCGCCUCUUUGUUGUGCACAUGCUCCCGAAGCUCAGGCAGCUGGAUGACCGUCCCGUGAGAGAGAGCGAGCGGAAAGCAUCCCAGUUGCAUUUUGCUUCAGAGGAAUCACUCGACUCCACACAAAGCUUCCCAGCUGUUUGCAGAGUUGGAAGGCUGCACCGCUCCAGAGUUAAGUGCACUGACCCCUCAGCCAAGAAGGGCUUAGUCAUGGAUGCGGAUGACGAGGCCGUCCUGAACCUCAUUGCCGAGUGUGAGUGGGACUUGAGCAACCCUCCUAGGAGUACAAGUUCCAGCCAGAAGGAGCAAGAGGAUGACUUCCAUAGUUCCCAAGAAUCCAGACAUCUAUUGAGUCCUCACUUAGUCCAGCACCAGUGUGGGGACUCCAUAAAGAAGGGCCACGAGAAGAGAAAAAGCAGCUCCAGAGGAUGUUGUCCAGAAAAGAGGCUUCAGAACCAGUACUGUGGAGAGCUCCCACCCCAGCAGGGAGACCAGCCCGAGGCCUGCUGCUCCUUCGGACAUCAUGUGCACUUCCUCCCUCACCCAGACUGCAUAGACGUUGAGAACUCAACCUCCACUUCUCAGACGACUAGUUUGUCAACACAAAAGGUGUUAAAUCCUUUGCCUGGUCUUGAAAAGUACAGGAAGCGGAGAAUGCCUGGAGGGAGAUUCCAGGCGCCUGCAGACCAGGAAUGUCUCAGCUGCCUGGAGGAGAGUCUGAGCAGGCAGAACGGCUCUGAGAGCAGGAGCAGGAGCGAAAGGACCUGUUCUCACCUGGAGGCGUCCGAGUCUGAAGAGCAGAGGCCCCACAGCACGAGUGGCGCCAGGGAGGUGUCUCCCAAACUCCUCUCAGCUGUGCCACCUGGGAAGGCCACCAUGGGGGUGGCGCUCCUAGAAUCACUCCUCGACCUGGUGGACAGGUACUGGAGUGGCUGCAAGUCCCUGCAUAGCAACGAGGUGUUCCUGGCUCAGGCAAGACAUGUUUUGUCAUCUGUUCAAGAUUUUACAGCAACUCAGGACAGUUCGACAACUACGAGUGAAGAAAUUAACUACCUGACUCUUGAAAAUAAAUCUUUACAAAAUCACCUUGUUGAACAACAGCAGCAAUAUAGUGAGAAGAUGAGUGAGGUUGUGUCGGAGCUCAAUAAUACUCGGAAAGAGAUGGAUGACUUGAGGCAACAUUUAGACAGGUCUUUGGAGGAGAAUAGUAGCUUAAAGUCGCUCUUGUGCAGCAUGAAAAGAGAAGUAAAAAAUGCAGAUGCUUCAGCUGCGUUAAACUUGCAGAUCACUGGGCUUCAAACAAAUGUGAAGAGGCUCUCGGGUGAAAUUGUGGAGUUGAAGCAGCACCUUGAACAUUACGACAAGGUCCAGGAGCUCACGCAGAUGCUGCAGGAGAGCCACAGUUCCCUGGUCAGCACCAAUGAGCACCUCCUGCAGGAGCUGGGCCAGGUGCGGGCUCAGCACAGGGCCGAGGUGGAGCAGCUACACUGGAGCUACAAGGAGCUCAAGAAGACCAUGGCCCUGUUCCCCGUCGGCAGCACCCGCCUCAGUGGCUGCUCCUAAACCUGACCGUCCUAGUGUGGCCUGCACGUGUUUUCUUUACCUGGUGUAGUUGUUGAUGAGAGUUGGUUCUUCUGUUUGCAGUUAUCUUGUGAUUUCUGAAAUGUAAUCAGGGCCCACAGUUCAGUUUGCUAAGACAUUCUAAAAAGACAGGAUUAAUCCAGGCCCUUCACAUGUUUUGAGACAAAACACUGACAUAUUUUAAGACAAACAGUUUGUUAAUUUUUCAUCAAAUGUCUUAAGAUAAAAAAAAAAUCUUGCGUUUUUCUGCCUAAUGUAAAAGAGAACUAUGUAUGAUGAUUAAAGAAAAUAAUUUAUUGUAUAAUAAGCAGUUCUUAUUUAAUAAAUUAAUACGUUGUUCUAAAAAGUGGCUCUUCAUAAAUUAUAACUGAUUUUAUCAUUGAAUUAUUUUAUAAAACAAGCUAUGUACCAUGGUUGGUGAGCAGAAAAAAGUAAGUUCCAGGACUUAAUAAAAGUAAUAUUUAUAGUGUGGGAAACAUAAAAAAUAAAAACGUUUUGUGAUAUUAACAUCCUACAGUACAAAUAUCUACCCAUGCUCUGGCUCUCUUGCUUACAGUGUAUUUCUGAAAAUUAUGUCAGAACAAGGCAUAAAAUUAGAUUUUUUAGUUUGAAAACUUUAUAUCUUAUGUAAUAUUCGCUUUCUUUGAUAAAACAAAGUAAUUUUUUAGAACAAUGUUUAAUUGAUUGAGGAAGAAGAACGGGCCUCGGAGAAGAUGCUGUGUGUAGCUGUGUGGGUCAGGACUCUGGGGAAAUCGGGGGGCAUCGAGUCUCCCCCAUAGAGGGGUCUCUGGGCUUCAGGUGUCCUUCCAUUCACCUGUCCGGUCACGGUUGUGUCCAGAAGCACCACUUUUUAUACUUAGCCGGAAAAUGUGUUAUACCAAAAGUAUGUGGGUGGAAUUUCUUGUCAUCAGAUCAUUUUUAAGCUUAUUUAUUGUUAAUGUGGUUAAUUACAAAAUUUGCUAAUGUAAAAAUCUCUGACAUAGCACAGGGUUGAGUCAGUGAUCACCUAAGUGAGGAGUGAAAGGCUCUCUCUUGGGUGAGGGACAGGAGGCUCUCUGCCCUGGAAGUCAUGGCUCU